AUGGGAUCAUUUUUCUCAAAACUCUGGCAGCUUCUGUUUAGUGAUGAAGAGAGACGAAUUCUAAUGCUUGGACUCGAUGCAUCUGGAAAAACAACCAUUCUUUACAAACUUAAGCUUGAUGAAGUAGUAUCCACAAUUCCAACAAUUGGCUUUAAUGUUGAAGAAGUCAAAUAUCGAAGUAUUCAUUUUCAAAUCUGAGAUAUUGGUGGCCAAUUGAAACUAAGAGAUUUAUGGCAUUACUACUAUAAAGAUACAGAGGCUAUUAUUUUCGUCAUUGAUUCAAUUGAUCGAGAAAGAAUUGAAGAAGCUAAUGAAGCGCUUCAUAAAAUGCUUGCUAAUGAGUUGAUUAUUCCCCCCUCCGUUAACAACUAA